GAAAAUCUUCCACUUACAACUUCACAGAAUCUAUCAUCCUUCAGUUACUACUGGCUAUGCAAACUCCAAAGCAGUCACUUCAAUCUCAACUCUGAUCACAUCUCAUCGAUACCAGCGUUCAAAACGUUGAUAUUCCAUUCGCAUACAAAAAGAAAGACAAAAAGAAAGACAAAAAUAACAGAGAAAAAACGAAUGCUAAAGCAAAGCAACACCAAUCUCAAAUCACCAAACUUAACCGAAUCUACUACCUUCCCAAACACAACCUUCACCACUACCACCACUACCAAAACAACCGAAAUGUCAACAGAAAUGGAUAUCGACCCUCCCACCACCAACAUCACCAUCACUACCAAGCCCACCAAAUCAUCAAAAUCCCAGACCCUCACUCAAACAACCAUCCGCUCCCCCGUCUUCUCCUACGCCCACCUCUCUUUGGUUUCUCCCUUCCCAUCCUCUUCCUCCUCCUCCCAAAACACCCCCUCCCUCGACGACCUAACCGCCCGGCACUACCUCACCACCGCCCUCCGCCAAUUCCUCGGCGACACCGGCGCCUCGCUGGCCAUCGACAUGUUGCUAGUCAAGGGCACCGAAUGCUGGGUUCGCGUGCCUAGGGAGGAUUUGGCGGCUUUUGCGGCGGCGGUCACUGCUUACCCGGGCCAUAAUGUGGGAGGGGAAGAACAGAUGUUGAUGAGGGUGGUGGGGUGUGGGGAUUGGUUGGGGGCGUUGGUGGGGAGGGAGGGGGAAGCGAGAGUUUGGGGGUGAAGCUUGAGAAUGGGGCAUGAGGUGUGAGACUUCGUUGGGAGGGAUUAUUUCAGUUGUCUUGGGAGAAGGAGGGCCGUUCUGUCCAGGAGUUGGGAAGAGAGGAUUGCAGUGAAUGGGAAGAGCUCCUGGGCUGGACGGCUAGGAGAGUUCUGUGGCAGGAAGAGGUCGAGGCUGAGUACUUACCAGACUGUAGCUACGGCAGCUUCAGGAAAGGGAAAAUGUGAGGAAGAUGGAGGGAGAUGACUGUAUACUCGUCCUGUUUCAACGGCUAUCUCUGUGGAGAAAGAAUUGGCUUAAAUCGGUACAGCCCUCGCGGCGAAUGUUCUGGGUCAGCGACUGUACACGAGGUUCCAAGAGCGUCAUACGGACUACUUACUACAAUUUCUGUGCGCCGUACGUAAUUGUGAUGGUCCCCUAUGAGAAGACAGA